UAUUACGGUAAAUAUACAUGAUAUCGCUUGUACUUGUACUGCCAUCAUGGCCAGUAAACAGCUAGGCAAGUUGCGCCAGUGGGCAGGGGAGGUGAUAUCCUCUCGCGAGAAGGCGACGGUCACAGAGGAAUUCCGUGAACUCGAGCUAGAUAUAGAGAAACGGAAGCUCGCUGCUCAAAAACUGUGUCUUGCAUCCGAAGAUUAUCAUCAUGCCCUCUCCAAGAAGAAAGAGAGCGAAUCCCUUGAUAACCCAGAGAAAUUGUUGCCCAUCGACACCCUGGGGGUUGUUAUGAUUGUCCACGGCGAAGAAUACGGAGAUGAUUCUGCCCUCGGCACAUCGCUUAUAAAGUUCGGACGUGCUCAUUGCAAGAUCGCCACUUUACAAGAGGCUUACGCCCUAACUUUCCGUGAUACAUACCUUGCAUCACUUGAGAGCUUUGGCAACGAAGUCAAGGAGUACGAACACCAGAGAAAGAAACUAGAGAGUAGAAGACUCAGUCUUGAUGCCGCCCUAACGAAACAAGAAAAGUUGAAGAACAGCAAGAAAGAGAAAGAUAAACUAGAGGCGGAUGAAGAAGUCGAAAGGGCACAAGCACGAUAUGAGGAGGCUGCCGAAGAUGUGCGGGCGUACAUGCACGCCAUUCAAGAAAAUGAAAUAGAUCAGCUACGCGAAUUAACUAACUUUCUGGAAAGUGAGGUUAAUUUUGUGAAGCAAUACCUAGAUGUCCUACAGGAGACACAGGCGGAAUGGUCUAGUACCUCAGAUGUCAUUCCUCGUCGGGCGGACGGGCCCAUGCAUACUUUCUCUCGUUCCAGUAACACAAAGACUCCGAAGCGCCCUGGGCAGAAGAGAUCUUUGUCUGGCCCCUCUAAUCCUCAGUCUUUGCAUGUAGACUCCUCUGACGAUGAACGGACAAAUACGUCGUCAUUUGGUCGCCGCCCAUCUGCCUCACAUCGGCGUAAUGACUCUGUGGGUACGGCCAAAGCUUCUUCUCGCCCACCUUCCCGCCCGAGUUCAAGAGCGUCGAGAAAGCGAUCGGACAGUUUGGCGAAUCCAGACUCUUCGAUGAGAAUGAGCGUUGCUGGCUGGGCCAACAGUGCAAUGGGCUCUGUACGAGGGAAGAAAAAGGAGAAAUUCGCAUCGUUGCAGGACGAUGACGACGAUCAUAUACAGGGAAGUGAAGGGAGCUCACCAGUUUCCAUGUCUCCGAGCUUCACCACGACACUACGGCGGAAGUCGCAAAGCAAAGAUGGAACUCCGAAGGAGCCUUCUCGUAUUCUAAAGCCACCCUCUUUGCAGGAAAAAAAGAUCGUGCGCGCACUUUAUGAUUUCAAUGGCUCUUCGGAUGAAUUGUCAUUCAAAGCAGGCGAUGAGAUUAUCGUAGUCAAUGAGGUCCUUGACGAGUGGUGGAUGGGUUUGUUGGAUGGGAAACAAGGCUUGUUUCCGACAUCAUACACGGAGGCCAUCUCUAAGAAGCCGGUCCUGUUGAAGCGUUCUCGUAGCGGGAAGGCUUACGAGGAAGAUACUGCCUACAUUGCUCCAUCGUUCCAGUCUGACGACGAUUCACCGGAUGAAGGAUAUAGAACGAGUGAUCUGGAAGAAGAAGACGCGUACAAAUCCAAGCCUCUAAAUCCGUCCCACAGUCCUUUCUUUGGAGGUCCUCCAGACCAUGGUCUUUCAAGUACUAUAAUGGAUGAUGAUGAUGACGACCACCUGAUGCCGUCGGUCUCACGUCACGGUGUAUCUGAUACUGGACCAAACCGAACGGUGGGACCUACUCCUCCAGCACUCCCGAUGCACAGAUCAUCGACCGAUAUCCUUGCAACUCUAGCCUCGGGGAAGAAGGCUCCUCCGCCGCCGCCGCCGCCACGGCGUAGCGCUACUCCCAGUACAACGCCUAAGAUACCUCCCCGUCGACCCAGCGUUCCAGCAUCGUCAUCAUCAUCGAGCUUGUUGGCUCCGCAAAGCACGACGGAAACACCUUCGCCCAAGAGCAGCUUCGGUUAUGAUGCCUCACCUUUCGAUAGCGUGUCGGAUCUAUCACUUCCGAGUACUACCACUUGCAAGGAGUUCAGACAAAACCCUUUCAAGCCCAGGGGCAUGUGCAGUAAUUGCUUUGAACAUCAUGCGUAAGGACCUAAGUGGUGCCAUGAGUAUACCUUGAUUUUCUGUUCACAGUUUCUGUAGAUUAUGUACCAAAUGGAUCUCUACUAUAGGAUAUGUUAUUUGCAUUGUAUGAAUAAAUCCGGGAUUCGGCAAUUAGGCCGGUAAGAAUGUCAAC